UCUCCUGAAUCGACCAAAUCCAUUUCACCUUCAUCAACCAUUCACAGAGAAUCCCUAAACACAGUCACCGGAAGGUUUGAAACCCUAGCCAUUAGUCUCUCUCUCUAGAACUCAUUUGAGCUUUGAUUCGAACCCAGGGACGCUCCAGAACAAAUUUCAUCAAUUUACAGAGAGAGAGUCCAAGAUGAACAAGAAGGAGAUUUUCAAGCUAGCGAAGGGUUUCAGAGGGAGGGCAAAGAACUGCAUUAGGAUCGCAAGAGAGAGGGUUGAGAAGGCCCUUCAGUACUCGUACAGAGACCGUCGCAACAAGAAGCGUGACAUGCGCUCCCUCUGGAUUGAACGCAUCAACGCCGGCUCUCGCCAACACGGAGUUAAUUAUGGCAACUUCAUGCACGGGCUGAUGAAGGAGAACAUUCAACUUAACAGGAAAGUUCUGUCAGAGCUCUCUAUGCACGAACCAUAUAGCUUCAAGGCCCUGGUGGACGUCUCUCGCAGCGCCUUCCCUGGGAACAAGGUGAUACCUCCCAAGAAUGUAGGAUGAAUUGGAGGGCAUAAGUUUUAGAAUGAUUAUCUUUUUCACUGAGCUGAUUUAGAUACAUUUUUAUGUUUUUCUGACUUGUCUUAAAAAUGUUUAAACUUUUGAGUAUGUUGACAUGUGGGACAUGUUUUAUAAUGAAAUAGACCAAGCUAUAUCUUUCUGUCA